ACGUUGCAUUUCCCGCCAAAUUUGUUCUCCCGGGAAGAAGCUAAAAGCGAUCAGUUGACGAGUUCUCGAAGAAAUGUCUGGAUUUGACGAGCGCCCGGUUUACUUCAGUGAUGCUUUUGGGUCCGAGGAACAAGCAGAUGAGCGAGAAGUGAACAGAAUCAGUGCAAAGAAGCGAUUUAGGGAGUUUAUCCGUGAAUUCCACGAAGGAACUUUCAGCUAUGCGUAUCGUGAUCAGCUCAAGAGACACUAUAAUUUAGGACAGUAUUACCUGGAAGUGGAUCUGCAAGAUCUGACGAGCUUUGAUGAACAACUUGCUGAUAAACUUACCAAAAGUCCCGCAGAAUUCCUGCCUUUAUUUGAAGAUGCAGCCAAAGAAAUGGCGGAUGAGGUGACAAAGCCACGACCUUUAGGAGAAGAGGAAGUACAGGAUAUUCAGAUCACUCUCAAGUCUGAAGCGAACCCCAUGAGUGUCAGGGAACUGCGAUCAGAGCAAAUGGCAAAAUUGGUGAAGAUUCCAGGCAUUAUCAUCAGUGCCUCUGCCAUUCGUGCAAAGGCAACUAACAUAACUAUUCAGUGCCGUUCUUGUCGUAACACCAUCUCCAACAUUCCUCUAAAGCCAGGUCUCGAAGGAUAUGCAAUGCCUCGUAAAUGCCCAAGUGAUCAAGCAGGUCGUCCACCCUGUCCUUUGGAUCCAUUUUUUAUCAUGCCUGAUAAAUGCAAAUGUGUUGACUUCCAAGUACUGAAGCUACAGGAAUCUCCAGAUGCUGUCCCUAAUGGUGAAAUGCCACGGCACAUGCAGUUGUACUGUGACAGGUAUCUGACAGAAAAGGUUGUUCCUGGUAACAGAGUCACUGUCAUGGGUAUUUAUUCAAUCAAGAAAGUUGCUCAGAAAGCUGACAAGGAUCGUGAUGGUGUGGGUGUCGGUAUCAGGAAGCCUUACCUUCGGGUGGUUGGCAUUCAGGUGGAUACAGAAGGUCCUGGUCGAAGUUCUGGCGCACCCCUGAAUCCUUUAGAAGAAGAAGAGUUUAACAGAUUUGCCAGCAGAACUGAUGCAUAUGAGACGAUAGCAAAAAGUAUUGCGCCAUUUAUUUAUGGAAGUGAAGAUGUUAAGAAGUCCAUUGCAUGUCUGCUGUUUGGAGGGUCUCGUAAAAGGCUCCCUGAUGGACUCACACGACGUGGAGACAUCAAUGUAUUGCUGCUUGGUGACCCAGGUACUGCCAAGAGUCAACUGCUGAAGUUUGUGGAGAAGGUUUCUCCUAUAGGUGUGUACACAUCGGGUAAAGGAAGCAGUGCAGCAGGAUUGACAGCAUCUGUCAUGAGGGAUCCUGUGUCGCGUAACUUCAUCAUGGAGGGAGGAGCCAUGGUACUUGCAGAUGGUGGUGUAGUUUGUAUUGAUGAGUUUGAUAAGAUGCGCGAAGAUGACCGUGUAGCCAUUCAUGAAGCCAUGGAGCAGCAGACAAUUUCAAUUGCUAAGGCUGGAAUUACUACAACACUGAAUUCCAGAUGCUCUGUGUUGGCUGCGGCAAACUCUGUUUUUGGUCGUUGGGAUGAAACUAAGGGAGAAGAGAACAUAGACUUCAUGCCAACAAUUUUGUCACGUUUUGAUAUGAUCUACAUUGUCAAAGAUGAACAUGAACAGAAUAAAGACAUGCGCCUUGCCAAACACGUCAUGCAAGUUCAUUUGAAUGCCGCCCAAACAGGACAAGCCCAAGAAGGGGAGCUGAGCUUGAAUUUUAUAAAGAAGUACAUUGGUUAUUGUCGAAACAAAUGUGGCCCAAGACUGUCUGAGGAAGCUGCUCAGAUGCUAAAGAAUCGCUAUGUUCUCAUGCGCAGUGGAGCGCGAGAUUAUGAGAAGGAUGCAGAAAAAAAGAUCAACAUACCUAUUACUGUAAGACAACUAGAGGCAAUCAUCCGAAUUUCAGAGUCGCUGGCUAAGAUGAGGCUACAACCAUUUGCUACUGCAGCGCAUGUUGAAGAAGCCCUGAGGCUCUUCCAGGUGUCCACUCUGGAUGCUGCCAUGUCAGGCAGCCUCUCAGGAGCUGAAGAUUUUACACCAGAACAGGAUGUUGAGGAAGUCAGACAAAUUGAAAAGCAAAUUAAGAGAAGAUUUGCCAUCGGCACUCAG